AUGAGCUUGGGGGCGUCACGUGAUAUCACUUUGCACGUCGCACGUCGCACACACAUCACGCCACACGAGGGCCGUAUACAACGACAGAAAAUUUUUUGUUGCUGCGUUUUUCCUUCUUUCCCAGUUUUUUGUUCAAAAAUUUCAAUCUUCGAUCUGUUACUUCCUUCACUGCACUACAAGCAGUCACCACAACCACAAGCAAAUAAAGCAAGCAACCGCAGUAUGUCCGCUCCUGUCGCUCAACAAGGGGAAGUCCCCACUUUCAAGCUGGUGCUAGUCGGUGACGGUGGUACCGGGAAGACCACCUUCGUGAAGAGACAUUUGACCGGUGAGUUCGAGAAGAAGUACAUCGCGACCAUUGGUGUCGAGGUGCACCCGCUAUCCUUCUACACGAACUUCGGUGAGAUCAAGUUUGACUGUUGGGACACCGCUGGCCAGGAGAAGUUCGGCGGGCUAAGAGACGGGUACUACAUCAACGCGCAGUGUGCCAUCAUCAUGUUCGACGUCACCUCCCGUAUCACUUACAAGAACGUCCCAAACUGGCACAGAGACUUGGUCCGUGUCUGUGAGAACAUCCCCAUCGUGCUCUGCGGGAACAAAGUCGACGUCAAGGAACGUAAAGUAAAGGCCAAGACAAUCACUUUCCACAGAAAGAAGAACUUGCAAUACUACGACAUCUCGGCAAAGUCCAACUACAACUUCGAGAAACCUUUCUUGUGGUUGGCGAGAAAACUGGCUGGGAACCCACAACUGGAGUUUGUCGCGUCCCCAGCACUGGCCCCACCAGAGGUCCAAGUCGACGAACAACUAAUGCAACAGUACCAGCAGGAAAUGGAGCAAGCCACCGCUUUGCCACUUCCAGACGAGGACGACGCUGACUUGUGA